AUCUCUCAGCUGGAGCUGUUGCUCACAACAUCUUGGAGGUAACAGCAGGAGCUAUGGGGAUGGCAGGAGGCUCCUGGUCCUGGGGAAUGACUGAAUACUACACCCUGCUGGGGUAGGAUGGUCUGGUGGGUCCACCCAUGUCAGGGCAGUCCCCAAGAAAUACCAGGUCAGUUGCAAGGAUGGGGCAUCUUAAAGCAUAGAAAGGGCAGGGGGAGCCAUGUAUAUUGCCCUAGGUACCAGGGCAUCUAAAUGGGUAGCCUCCUGCAUUUUAGACCAAUUAUUUAUUUAUCAAGUCAUGGCAGGAGAUACAGAGCAGACUACCCCUAGAUAGGUAGGCAGGCCGAUGUUCAGACCCAACCCAGAAUUGGCCCCCAGUCACAUACAGACAUUACUCUUUUACUGGUUGAUCUUUAUCCUGGGUGGGGCCUCCCAAUAGACGGUGGUACUCACGGUUAUCGGACGCGGUGAUCCACGGGACUCCGCCUCCCCUACACCCCGUCCACACACCAACUGCUGGGCGAUGUUGUCCAGAUGUUGCCAGGCCCAGUAUGAUGGCCCCUGACCGGUUCCCCGGUUCCGGUCGUCCUCCCUCCUGCUGAGAGGGAUUUCUCCUUUCUCCUUCCUUACAGAUAAUACUCCUCCAAACAAGGGGGAGCUGGUGGGUGCUUCCCCUGGUGCCAGCCCCCUCCUGGGGCCUCCGCUGUCUCCCCUUUCCUCCCGUCCGCAGGGCGCUCCCCUGCCUCCUGUGCGUUUGCCGCUUGCAGAGAGAAUGCCUCGGCGUGCACUCUCUGACUGCCUCUCGCUUGGCUGCUGGAGAAAGGCUUCCAGCUCUUGCCUACACUGCCCGCUUGAGACCCGCAGGUGGGGUCCUCGAUGCCCCGUGCGAGAGCCUGCAGCACACCCAUACUCUCUCUCCCUGGCUCCCGCCCCUUCCCUGUUCUGCCGGCGUUUUUAAAUCCUCCCGCUGCGGCCGCUCCGGCCACUGGGAUUGGCUCAGCUGUUCGCCGCGCAGGGAACAGCUGUUGCCAGAGCCGGCGUAAUGGCGGCUUGCGCGGCUGCAGCCGCGAUGCGGCUCUUUCUCCCGCUGCCCCUCUGACAAGAGCUUAUCAGGUGGGGAAGCCCCAGGCCAUUAUACCACAAUAAGAACCUCUUCUUCUAAAAUAGAAAAGCAGAACAAGCACAUACAGUCAUGUUUUUACCCAGUAGUAAAAGUGAUCACAUGCACCACACCCAAAGAAGAGCAGGGACCUGGGCAGAGACCUCUAAAAGCAGAUUAUAACACCCAAGGAUCAGAAGACGGACGGGACAGAACAGAAGGGUACGAUUCCUCGGAGGAAAACAAGCCACAUACCUCUGAGAAACUCACAUGUAAAAAGACUAGGAUUCACACCCCCAAAACAGGUGAUCUGAACCCUGUGAAUAAGAAACCCAGGACUGAUUGCUUGCACAAUUUACAAAAAGAGGAGUGUCUUUCUCCUUUUUUGAAAGAUCAUAAUUAUUGUGAAAAAAAAAAAAAGAGGGUGGGUUUUCGAGGUGGGUAUAAACACCCUGUCUUGAAAGAUCAUGAUUAUUGUGAAAAAAGAAGGGGGUUUGGAGUGGUACACACAGGCGUAUGUGUCUCAGAAAGAGUGCGCAGAGCCCUUUGAAAGAUCAUGAUUAUUGUGAAAAAAAGAGGGGGAUUUGGAGUGGUACAUGCAGGUGUAUACAUCUCAGAAAGAGUGUGCAGAGCGCUUUGAAAGAUCAUGAUUACUACCAGCGCAAAAGGGUAAAUUUUACUCAGAGAGGAGGUAGUCUGUGUAAUUCGGACAGCAGGCGUAGUCUGUAUCAUAAGAGGGGGAGUCAUGGUAAACAUGGGGGUAAAAAUGGUUGUCCAACCAGCAAGUGGCUUGCGGGGAAAAAAGUAAGGGCCUGGUUAAAGAAGAGCGUGGGGAAGGCUAAACACCGUUUGUGGGGAAAAAAAAAAAAGAGAUCCCCUAGGGAUCCCUCAAACACUUCUCCUCCUAUCAGUCCUGACCCCUCACCAGAACCCCCGGAGCCAGAGAGAGGGGAUGGAGAACAUGGUUUAGGAACCCCUUUAGAGGGUCCCUCAAGUGUACCCCAGACACCCAGAUUGGAUCUUUCACAAGAACCCACAGAGCCAGAGAGGGGAGAUGGUGACUAUGGUUUAGGAAGCCCCUUAGAGGGUCCCUCAAAUGUUCCCAGACCUUCCCCAUCACCAAGACCUGAGGGGUCAGAGGGUUGGAAUAACGAAUCUGUUGUAGAAGACAGUUUAGAGGACCCCUUAAGCGCCCCCUGGUCUCCUAAGUCAUCAGAGGAUGUUUUACCAGAUGUACAUAUGGUGCGGGUGAGAAGGCAAGAGUGGUCUGUAGCCAGGUUUGGAGGCAUGAGGUACACUGAGGAGUUCCGUUUUGUGAAUCUGGAGCGUGUGCCGUUACACGUGGCAUACGAAGCCAUAACCCAUGGGGUGGAAGAAAUUGUAGCAGAACUCCGCCAGAGAUUCACAGGCAACGAUUAUGCCCAGUUACGUAUUCAGGCAGAUAGUUUGUCAAACUGCUUAUACUCUCGAGCUAUUAAUUUAAACAAGAUGACCCCUGAGCUGUUUUUAGAGUGGCUCAGUAAGCUGUUACAAAGCCAGAGAGAAAUAUUUCUCGAUUCAACAUUUCGGCUGGUUGUGAUUGUUGUGAAAGGCCGGGGAGGUGGGAGCCGUAGAGUUAUAAGCUCUAUCCCCUAUUCCCAGAUCAUUACUAAAAAGAGGAAGUAUUUAAUAGACUUGAAUACCUAUGAUACCAACCUGUGCUUUGCAGGCAGUCUAUUGGCUGUUACAAAAUGUAGAGGGGCCAGAGAUGUCGAACUGCUAGAUGGUGCCAAAGAACUGCAUAGGAAAUUAGGACUGUCUAUAUAUCAAAAGGUUAUGCUCCAGCAAGUACCUUUGUUUGAAGACCUUGAGCAGCUUAACGUUCACAUAGUGAUGCAUAAGGAAAAAACUGGGUGGAGUUUAUUUAAAACACAGGACACGCCCAGAUACCCCGUCACCUGUUUUCUUCUGCUACAUGGUGAACAUUAUUAUGGUGUUUUAAAUGUGAGAAAUGUGUUUGGCAUGAGAAAUUAUUGUGAUCUUUGUCAGACGUUGUACAGCCAUAGCCACACGUGCAGGUUCCGAUGUCGUCUUUGCCUGAGCCCAAACUGCUCUGAAAACAUGGGUAGGACACAGCGGUGCCCUAACUGUAAACUGUUCUGUCGUUCCAAAGAGUGCUUAGAAAAGCACGUGGCCCUGGCCUCUGAAAAUAGGAUUGAAUGUCUGACUAAAACUCUGUGUGAUGAGCGUAAAUCUUAUGUGGACAAAAAGCACGAGUGCACAGGGCGACAGUGCAAACAGUGUUAUGGGAAAAUCACGGAUGUAAACAAACACUGGUGCUUUAUGCGCCAGAUUAAAGAGCCUGAAGAAGGUGAGGGGUACAUUUUUUAUGAUUUUGAAUGUGUGCAGGAGAUGGGUAUGCAUGUGCCCAACUAUAUUUUUGCAAUGGAGCUAAAGACAGGGGAAAAAAAACCUCAGAAAGACGCAGGCAAAAACCCCAAAAGGGUUUGUAAAGCUAAGCCCAAAAAGCCAGAAAGCACUUGGGAGUUUAAGGGUGAAGAGUGUCUGUCUGAUUUUAUUAAGGUUUUUAUGGAUAAAAAGUUCAAGAACUACACCUUCAUAGCUCACAGUGCCAAAGGCUACGACGGUUACUUCGUUGUCAGCCAGUUAUUGAAGGAAAAAAUGGGUGUGAAACUAAUCACUCAGGGCGGUAAACUCAUGUGCAUUGAAGUGACCAGGCUAGGCAUCCGUUUCAUAGAUUCUUUAAUCUUUUUGCCUAUGAAACUUAGCAGACUUCCACAGGUGAUGGGAUUUGAAGGAUGCAAAGGUUAUUUCCCACAUUUUUUUAACAGGGCAGAAAACCAAAACUAUGUGGGACCUCUCCCAAAGAUGGAAUACUACGGCAUUGAAAAUAUGAUGUCCAGUGAGAAAGGACAGUUUUUAGAAUGGUAUCAGAAUAACCGCGAUAAGACCUUUGACAUGCAGAAGGAGCUGGCCUAUUAUUGCCACCAGGAUGUAAAAAUUUUGAAAGAGGCCUGUUGUCUCUACAGGAAUGAGAUUAUGAAAAUGACACGGCGAGUAGACCGAGUGAAAGUAGAUGGUGAACUCCAAAAUGUAGUACGCUGCAUAGAUCCUUUUCAAUACAUCACACUGGCCUCCGUCUGUAUGGCCAUGUACAGGUUUAUGUUUUUGGAACCACAGACUGUAGCGCUUCUCCCCCCGGACAACUAUCACAGGCAGAAAAAGAGGUUUUCAAGCCCAUCUAUUCAGUGGCUAAUGUACAUAUCGGAGAAAGAAAAUAUUCAAAUUCAACAUGCCUUACAGGGUGGGGAAUUUCAUGUAGGUCCCUAUUUUUUAGACGGCUACGCCAACAUUGGUGGGGAACCUACGGCGUUUGAAUUUAAUGGAUGCUUUUUCCAUGGCUGUGUCACUUGCUACAAUGAGAAAGACCAGAACCCUUUGACAGGGACGACCUUCGGGUUUCUGAAUUAUCAGGCAUUGCACAAGAUCGAUUAUCUCAAGAGAGAAGGGUUUACCGUUAGGACCAUUUGGGAGCACGAGUGAAGGGCUCUGUUAGAAACAGAUGGGGAGCUGGCAGAUUUUUUAAGCAGAACCCCGCUGCCUUCUCCACUGGUGCCUAGGGAUGCUCUUUUUGGGGGCAGAACUAAUGCCAUCUGUCUAUAUUACCAAACUAAACCUGGCGAACAAAUACACUAUUACGAUUUUACCAGUCUUUACCCCUUCAUAAACAAAAUGAAGGAAUACCCAAUCGGACACCCUGAAAUCAUUCAUGACAAUUUCCAACCCCUGUCGAGCUAUUUUGGAAUAGCCAGGGUGAGACUGUACCCACCGCAAAGUCUUUUUUUCCCUGUGCUACCCACUAGGAUGAACGGGAAACUUAUGUUCACGCUGUGCCGCCUCUGCACGGAAACAAGACAGCAAAAGUGUGACCACACAGAUGAAGAGAGGGCCCUCUUGGGCACGUGGUGCACACCAGAAUUGAAUAAAGCUAUCGCCAAGGGGUACAGAGUAGCUCAAAUCUAUGAAGUUUGGCAUUUUGCUGAGAAGUCUAGCACCCUUUUUUCAGAGUACAUAAAAAUGCACCUCCAUCAGAAGCAGGAAGCCUCGGGCUACCCCGCCUGGUGUACUGACCUAGAAAAACAAGAGAGAUACAUGGCCAAUUUCUUGCAAAAAGAAGGCGUGACUUUACGCCCUGAGCACAUCAAACCCAAUCCUGCCAAGCGCCAAAUAGCAAAAUUGUUUCUAAAUUCUUUGUGGGGUAAAUUCGGUCAGAGAACCAACUUGCCCAACACCAGUAUCGUUAGAGACCCCGAAGAACUCUUUGGCUACCUCUUUUCUCCCGCCUAUGAAAUUUCAUCUUGCGACUUUAUUGAUGAUGAGGCAGCCUGCGUGUCUUGGAAACAUGCCAAAGAGCGUUACACGGUCUCUGGUAACAAACAUCUUUAUAGCCUGUUUCACCACCGCUUAUGCACGCUUAGAGUUGUACUCACUGUUAGACAGCUUGCAAGAACGUUGUCUGUACCACGACACAGAUUCUGUGAUAUUUGUGAGCCGCGAGGGAGAUUGGAAUCCCCCGCUAGGUGAUUAUUUAGGCGAGCUCACCAGCUAAAUUCCGCCAGAUGAACACAUCACAGAGUUUGUGUCGGCUGGUCCAAAAACCUACGGGUACAAGCUGUCUGGGGGAAAGGUUUGCUUGAAGGUGAAAGGGAUUACCCUGAAUGUGGCCAACAGUGAAAAAGUCAACUUUGAAACCUUGAGAGAUCUUGUUCUAGGUUAUGGGGCAAACCCCACUGGGGACACCCCUAAAACAAUUGUGAUACAACAGCGCUCUACCGUCAGGAACAAAAGAAAGUGGACGAUAGAAACCAAAACCUUGAGAAAAACGCAGAAAGUCGUUUAUGACAAAAGGGUCCUCACAGAAAACUUUAACAGCCUCCCCUAUGGUUUUUAAAGAUGGAUAUGCGUUGGAAGCAUCCUUUUUCUGUGAUUUUGGCAGGCCCUAGCAACUGUGGUAAAAGUUACUUUAUAAAAAACCUUUUGGAUCACGCUGAUAAAAUGGUGUCUGUUAUGCCUGAGAAUAUCGUGUGGUGCUAUAGCUGUUGGCAGCCUUUGUAUGAAGAACUGCUUUGUAAAUAUCCUUUUAUCAAGUUUGUGGAGGGUCUACCGGACAGUCUUAAUGACAACUGUUUGUUUCCUCCUAAUAAAAUAAAUAUGGUUGUGGUAGAUGAUUUGAUGGACUCUGCCUGUGACAGCGGCGAAAUCGAGAAAGCCUUUACCAAGUACGUGCAUCAUCGGAAUCUGAGCAUUAUGUAUAUAGUUCAAAAUGUUUUCUGUCAAGGGAAAAGGAGCCGCACCAUUGCUCUUAACACAAAAUACAUGGUUUUGUUUAAAAACCCCAGGGAUAAGCUACAGAUAGUGUCCCUGGCGCGGCAGAUGUACCUGGGUAAGACCCAGUUCUUUCUAGAAGCUUUUGAGGAUGCCACUAAAACACCUUACGGGUAUCUGGUGGUUGAUCUAAAUGCUUCAACCCUGGAUACUUUUAGAUUAAGAACCGGGCUUUUUCCUCCCAACCAACCAGCUGCUUACACUUUUAAAAAAUCAGCAGGUGGGAAUAAAAAGAGAUGAUGUAGUGGCAGCCUCUUCUUAGCUCUCGGGAUGGUGGAAGGGAAACAUGUCUAACCGCGUAAAAAGAAAUCUGGCUCUCUUAAAACUACUUCUUCAAUCCUCCCCACAGCAGAGAAAAGCUAUACUUUGCUCCGCCUCUGAUGAUUUAAUAGCAGCCAUUUCAGAAAUUGCUCUGAACACCUUAAAAGGAAACAUCCCUUUGACACCGCAUCAAAUUCGCGUGCUAAAAAAGAGACGCGGGAUCAUAAAAAACCUAAGUAACAAAAGACUACCUCUUAAAAAAAAGAAACAGCUGGUGAAACAGUCUGGGGGAUUUAUUGGACCUCUGUUAAGUUUUGCUCUUCCUUUGGUUACGGGGCUUUUGGCUAGCCGGUGAUGGAGCAUGUAGAAAAAAUGUACCUGGUGCCCAAACAUGAACUGGAACAAUUAAGGGCUACCCAACCGCCUCAGGAAAAUAUCAGAACUGAGGCAACCCGCUUAUUGGAUGCUGAAAUGAGGAAUAUUCUCCAAAGACCGGGAUUAGAAGAAUAUGAUAAGGCUAAACUGUAUGCCACAGUGCUUCAGAAAUACCUGACCUAUGUAAAGCAGGGUGAUCUGGACAGAGGGAAAUUAACCCUGUUUCUGCCGGAACAGACACCCCUAGAAGCCGGAUACCCCCUAGAAACCCCCACGAACCCUGACACAAUCGUUCAGGAAGUACUGGAUAACGUGCAUACCCGAUACAGGAAAAAUGCUAAAGUACUGCUCACUAAGCUGAGCCAGCACAAGGAUAUUUCUUCUUGGGAUGAUCAAGGGGGUUUCAUCUACAAAGGGAUGCUAGUCAAGGGUUCUAACAUGCUCGACUUGGUCCGGAGAACCCUUCAGACUCACGCCGGGGCUACUAAACAUCCGCCUAAAGGCUGAGACAUCUUUAUGCAAGCCAUGGCCGAGCUGAACGUACCAUCUUCUGUUAUGGGCAACGUUGUGAAUCGUGAUCAUCUGGAACGUCUGAAAGCAUCUGCCUCAGACCAAGAAACACCAACAACGCCACCUAUGAAGCGAAAAAUGGUCUCUAAAACCAACUGGCUCUCCCUGUAAAGUUUUACACUUUGAAAUAAACUAUUCUCUACUGCUAUAAAUUUUUGUCUAUAGAGGAUUUUUUUGAAUGAAAGCACACACACACACACACACACACACACACACACAUUUAAACAACAACAGCUUUAUUUACACAGCAUCAGCUGAGUGUCUUAUUUAGACAAAGCAUUCGUGAAAGUCAUUGCAAGAAAUACAUGUCUGGGCAUGUUGAAACAUGUUUUGAGCAGGCCCAGCCACACAAAAAUUUUCAUAUUUACUUUUUACAAAAUGCAUCACCACCCUAUCAUUUUGUGCUAAAUCGUCGGAAUAAUACAAUUUUAAAAUCUGUUCAAACGACAGCCCCUUGCUACGGUGGUGUAGGAAAAACACACAAUGGCAUCCGCAGACGACAGACUGGGGGUCUUGUAACUGUUUCGUUUGAAAAACAGUGCCGGUGACGUUCUUGUUUAAAAACAACAUAAUGCUUUGAGGAAAGAGAGCGCUGUUUGGGGGGUGACCGUACGAGUCGAAAAAUUCUCCGCUGUUCCGAUCCUCCAAGUAAACAGCCAACCAGUGUUCUCCGGGUUGAUUAUGCGGGUGCAUGUUGACUACUAAGCUCAGGGGCCUUUUAGACUGCUGAGUCUUAGGAAGCCAGUCACUGGGGAAAACAUCUAAGAAAGUGUCUUUGGCAUAAGGGUCUGAGGAUAAAACCCUGAUGAUCUGUUCAGUGUCCAUCUUCACAUAUAGUCAAACAGGACGUUUCUUCUCUGAUUUAUUUCUAUGACGUUGUCAAAGACCCCAUACACGAUCAUGUUAACAGUGGUGGGCAAAGCCGCAGCAAAGCGUAUUUCUGCUCUCAGAUUCCCGGUUUUAAUCAGUGAAUAAUGAUCAGCACACUCCUGGUCAGGAGACAGGUCAAAGGCAAAUAAGGUGUACCCCAGAGCAAACUCCUCAUGGUUGAUGAUCAGGGCCCAGUCUUUUGUAUGUUUACCGGCUGUCUGUACCAGCUGCAUGUAUUCUCUCACGCAGUUACCGUUUUCAAAAUCCGGUUGUAGGGGUUUUGUUGGGGUUUGUUCUCCAUCAACGUAGAGGGCCACAAAAUUAAUAUUGUAAUGUUUAAAAUUAAAGGGGUUCUUAGCAUAAUUCCCACUAAAGGCAUCGUUAUCCAUGAACCCGAUGACGAUGAGUUUGGGUAACUGUCCCAGAAACAGAUUCUCCUGGUUGCUGACUCGGCUGCCAGCAGGAAUGCUAAACACUUUCAUACCCACGCGGUCUACGGGGUAUUUAGCGUUGGCCGUAAGCAAGGCCUCCGCGUGGCCCAAUCGGACACCCGGAGCUACCUUCGCUUUUUUCACAAAAAGUGAGGCAGAUGUUAUUUUUAGUUUACAUUGGCCAGCUGCUACAUUGCCCAUCAAGCAGAAGGCAUCUUUGCUACAUGUCAGCUUAAUUUUCACAUCCACGCCGUUCAGCAACAGUUUUUCUUGAAAAAACAAAUCACUAUGGAGAUGACCAAGCAGCUCUAUCUUUUUGCUCCGGCCUGUCAGAUUUGCUCGUCUUCGAAACCCCUGAUUAUGGCCAUCCCUUGCAACCAAUUCAUGAUGCCCAGGGGUAUCUUUGUAAAACAGGCCGGCAGAAAAUUGGGUGGUGAGGGUGUCAUUGCUGUAGUUGAGAACUGAUUCGAUGAAGGCUUGGUAAGGGUAACAGUUGUUGCUCUGGCUUAUGAGACGGUCUCCCAGAGUGACAUCCAGCUGACUGAAGACAGAGGCUAGUGGGUAAUUCACCAGACCCACUGCAGCCCCGGCAUCAAGAUCUGUUCCAUCACCUUUUACAAUCUUGCAGCAAAGGUACAGCAGCGUACUGUUCAAAUCCAUGUAAUCUUCACCAUUCCCAGCUAUGAAAAAGUCAAGGGGGCUGGACUCGGUAAUAGCUGAGAGUGGGGGGAUCUCAACAUACAGGCUUUUCUCGAUGCAGGUCUGCGUUGGGGCUAUUUGAAACACAUCCAGUUCAGAUUUGGCACAUUCUUCAGACCCACAGUGAACAAAGGCCGUGGCGGUUAAAAUAUAUUUCUGUUUCUUCCAGGAGAGCGCCCCUUCUUUUUCCCAGGCUGCUUCUUGGUUUUUUGUGUCUGGCUUCCCCGUCGACUUACCCUCUUCUUUUUAAGGGGUUGUGGAGGUCCUGCACGUCCGGAGUCCGGUACGUCUCUCUUUCUUUUAAGGCUCUUUCUUUGAAUAUACAUGAGACCAGACCCCUCCUGCUUUGCCGGCUUGACCACUUUAUCUAGGACAGCUCGGGAGACAUGGCCGAUCACAUCUUUGGCUAUGUUUUGUGCCGCAUUUUUAGCGUGGGGUUUAAUAAUCUCCAGACCCCUUCUCAAAAGUGGAACGGCUUUUCUAAAGAGGCUGCGAAAUAUACCUCCCACACCAGCCACAUACAUCACGGGUACCCCAUGAUAUCCGGGAAGGCCAUACCCAGCCUGGGCUUUAUAAUAAUUUCUGUACAAAUUAGGGUCCCCAUAGUUUUUUACCAUUACCACUGUACUUUUACUUAUUUUAAAAUCUCAAAGUCUUCCAGGGGUGUAGGUGAAGCUUAACGAUCACCUUACCAAAGCGAAAUGAGACGUGUUUGUUCUGAUCCGUCUUUAUUUCAAUGCUGAUUGUGUCGAUGUGACGUUGACUGAUGGGGACAUAAUGCGGGUUGUCAUACGUGAUGGUGACAAACUCGUUGUUGCUUCCACGGACCGGGACACAACGUAGCAAAGGUACCGAAAACUCCCCGACAAGCUGAUGUUCCACAAUGUCUGUGUAGACAUACAGCGAAUUGGAUCCUCCGGUAAUAUCAGCUGGGAAGGGUGGUUUUUUAACAGAGACUCUGGGUAGCAUUCCCAAAAUAUAGGCUAGCUCACCAAGCGUAUAAAAACCAUAAGAGUUAUCUUUGGCUUUAAGUCUCACUUUCCCGAACGCUUGGUCAUAGUGCAUAACUAAUUCGGGCGGAGUAGGGUUGUUGGUGAUUGUAUUGUUUAUAAGAUCCAGUAACUCUGUGAUGGAUGUAUAAUACCCCCGAGACAGGCUGUACUCCCAUUUUUUAGUCCCAGAAAUAAUUUUGAAAGGGGUGUCUUCGUUGAUGUUGUUCCAGCUGUGUGAGUAUUGUAUUUCUGCUAACCCUAUCUCCCAGUUCCCCAACAGAUCCAGAGGUUUAACCAGGUGUAUGGUAAAGUUUGAGCUGGUGUUCUGCGGAAAAAUGCUGGAGCAAGCGUUGCUGGGUAAAGUAAUGUAAAAGUCACCAUCACACAUCUCGACCUUUUGACUGAGGUACCCCUAUAUGUUACAAACUUGGGAGGCUUCCACCCAACUGUUAAAUUUAGAUGGCCACCCCAACCAUUUUACCAACAACUGCUUCUUUCUUCCUUUUCCUUUCGUUGCUAGAACUUUUUCAACCCUGUAAACUCUGUCCUGUUUAGGAUUCACUUUUUGUAGUUCUUCAGGCUAGAAAGAACCCUCAAUAGGUUCAUCUUCGUAAUCUUUUAGGCGGUAUACAGGCGUCUGCACACGUCUAAGGACUUUAUCCACUAUGAAAAUGUCAUCGGUGAAUGUUUGUUCAUAACCUUUUUCAAACCGCCCUUUGGCUCUAGACACCCUCACGUGGUCUCCUUUUCUAAACACGAGUGCUGCUGGUUUUAUUUUGAAAUAGUCCCCGUACACGGCUUUCCACACCCGUGGAGAGUUUGAGAAGUUCACAUCAACAGGCCUGGUGCGAAUAGUUCUGUGAAAACUGUGGUUGUAACUCUUUAUAAACUCUGGUAACACAUAAAUGUAGCGAAAGGUGUUGCGGGCUGUAAAAUACCUCCACAUCUUUGAUUUUAAUGUUCUGUUAAACCUCUCUACCACCGCCGCUUUCACUUCACUAUUUGUCACAAAAUGGUGAACAUUAUACUGUUUUAACAGCUUACUUAAAGACUUACUUAAAAAUUCUUUUCCCCGAUCAGUCUGUAAUUUUUGAGGUACACGGCCCUCUGUAAAAAUAGUUUUAAAGGCUCGAGCUAUUUCACCACCUGACUUGUCUUUUAGACCCACGGCCCACGCAUACUUUGAUAAUAUGUCUAUCGCUGUUAAGAUGAACUUAACCCCUUUGUUGUGUUUAGAAAACUGCUGCAUAUCCAACAAAUCUGCCUGCCAUUGUGCAUCAAUAUCUGAAACAACAGUCUUGUUUCUUUUAAAAUGUCUUCUUGCCGGUUUGUGCAGGGUAUAAGCAUCCUGGUCUGAAAGCCAGGCGGCCACCCCACUUCUGUUCAGGAACUUAUUCUGCCUUUUGGUAGCUUCAAAAAGCGUGUUCACCCUACCAAAACUACCAGCUUCACCAGGAGAGUAAUAAACUUCCUUUAACAUAGCCUCCUGUGUAGACAUGUCUGUUAACCGUUCCCCCCUACACUUACCCCCACGCUAACACCCGUGUGGUGCAUUCAAACACUUGUGGACAAAUUUAAACCACAGCACAAAGACACCAUCUUCCAAAUUCUCAACUUCUGUUUAGUGGUCAGGGACCUGAUAGGCCAUAACAGCACCAUGUGAUCUAGGGCGGAUCUUGCAGCAUGAGGGGUUGGGCUUUGAGGGUCUGCCUGGGUUGUCCUUCUGAUGUCAUGAACCAUGUGGUGUUGGUGUCACACACCACGUGUUUGGGGUCAGGGGCGGAGUUGCUGAUGUCACGCACCAUGUGAUUGGGGUCAGGGGCAGAGUUGCUGCUGUCACGCACCAUGUGACUGGGGUCAGGGGCGGAGUCGCUGAUGUCACGCACCAUGUGACCGGGGUUAGGGGGUGUGGCUGAUGACGUCACACACCAUAAAAGGGGAAAGGGGUGGGGCAAAGGGGGUGGGACUUCUGGUCCCGCCCACCUGUCACAUUUGCAUUGAAGGGCAGAGAACCAUAUACUACUGAUUAGUCAACCCACCAUUGUGCCAAGGCUGCACAUGCUCAGUAAGAACACCUGGAGCCGUCUGGAACAGGACUGACCUUGCCUGAACAGGCCCUCCCCAUAGGAGAUCAGAGGUAGUCUGCCCCAUAAAAGGGGUAGUGAAGACUGACUCCUUGGGACGCACUCUCCAUCUGGACCAGCACCAUGUCACACCACCUGUCCACCAAGAGGCCCUGCUGGUGACCCCCCUCUGGACAACACCUACUGGACAAGGACCCCUUUCCAGCCUGGAUAGGAUAUUGUAAGCGACUGUGCCAUUCACCUGAGUGCCUGCUGCGCACCAGCCUAUCAGAUGUCGCUGUUGUCCUCAGGAAGGAUGGUCAAUUGCCGAGCCAGAUUCCAGAGGGUCCUCAGUGGUUCUCGCCUGGCAUGACUUCACUGGCUCCUGAUAAGCCCAGUCUGCCUGGGAGACAUCAGGAAUCCACAUGUCUAUCUCAGCUGCAGCUCUGCACCUACUGCUCCCUUGGCUCGGCACGGUCUUGCACCAGCUCUGUUUGGCUUUCGCCCCAGGAACCAUGGACCUUACUCAGAAACAGAGACAAGACCAGCAUUUGAAAGACAAAAGAUCCUGCAGAACCAGCAACUCUCACCAUUACAGACACCCGAAACUGCACAUCCCUGCAUGGAGCACACAUGCUCAGUAUGCCAGGGGCUGACCCCUGCCUGGUCAUGCCUCCUGUCACUAGGGUCACACAAGGUCUACCCCUAUAAAAAGGGGCAGUGAAGACAGACCCAGUGGGAUGCCCUCUCCAUCUGGACCAGCACCAUGUCACACCACCUAUCCACCCAGAGGCCCUGCUGGCAACCCCCCUCUGGACAACAUCUACUGGACAAGGACCCCUUUCCAGCCUGGAUAGUUCUGUUGACUGACCUGGCAGUUGUGAGUGCCUGUUGUCUUUGAUUUCUUUCUCCCCAACCCCAUCUAUGUAACAAAAUGUGGCAGGCUUGCUGGUAGCAGCCUGGCUCACUGGCUUGAAAGGGCUCAGAGUGACUGGUGGGGUACUUCCCUCCUCCCACCAAUCAGGAAAGGUAAGGGGAGAGGCUUGCACCACCACUACCCAGGGGUGAGGAGAAAAUGCUGACCAGAGGGGGAACUAAAGGCAGCAUGCCCUGCAAACAGGCUGCUUUGAUGAGGGACUACAAAGAGGGAUGGUAAAGGGCUGGCGUAGCUGACCAGUGGGGUGGAGCAGUUGCCCCAGAAAUGCCUGGAAGAUGUCUUCACCAGAUGGGAGCAGCAAGUGGCUCCAUCCCAGCCCCACCAUGGAGAGACCUGCAAUGACAGUGCACAUGUCAGUGCAUGGAGGAUCUGGGAGUGGAUGGGACCACAGCAGCUGCACAAGGCUCGGGUCCCGAAUCCUGCACAGGUCAGGGGCAAAAGCCCUUGGUGCACGGACUGGUGCACAGGGUUGGAGAGCCGAUGCACAGGCUGGUGCAUGGAGUAUUCAGGAGUGGACUGGACCCCAGCAGCUUCAUGAGAGGGCACAGAUCACCAGCUCUGCAUGAGGCAGGGGCAGAAGCCCUCGGUGCAUGGACCAGUGCACAGGGCUGGAGAGCCCAGUGCACAGAAUGGUGCACAGAGGAUUCAGGAGCUGACAAAACCACAGCAACUGCAUGAGGCAGUGCAGGUCUCCAACCCUGCGUGAGGCAGGGCACAGGGCCAUUGGGGUGAAGAGCGGGCUGACAGGCUGGGAGAACCACACAUGGCAGCUGGGGCACCCUUGCAGAGGAAGGAGAUGCCUCGCCCCCUUGGAGAUGAGUCAAACCCCAUCAGGCUUCAGGGAGUUGUGAGUCCCCACCCCCGGGAAAUGGAUCCCCACAGGGGAGGAGGGCCCACCAUGCUGCAGGUGACAGAGGGGAAGUCCCUGAUGGGAGGGGGAUAAUACGCCCUGGGGAAAAGAUAGGAGUCCAGGGCUCUGACUUGCCAGAAAUCUCCGGGUUAGGGUCCUGACAGCUGAGUAGCUUGAGCGAAGUCUGGGGUGAUUUAUAGGGUGACAGGAUUCCCUGCUGGAUUGUCAUUUCUUCAUUGGGCACAGCUGUGUGCCACAAUUGCGUUCUGUUCUUUUCCAUCCUCUAUGUUGUUGAAACCCCCGGGGUAACCCUGCACCUCUGUUAUCGUAUUGGGAGAGUGUUAUAAGCUGCUUGGUACUGGUAUUUAUUAUAUGAAGUGUUUUAUGCAAAUGUGUUGCAUGUGAUGUAAGUGUGAUGUAUGCAAAUAUUUCACUAUUGACGCAUUGCUGCCAGUCAUUUUGUUACUGUUCUGUCAACUAACCUCUGUUUUAUCCUUAAGUGCCCCUUCCUUCUCAGGCCUGUAGGGCACUGAAGGAGGGGUAGGGCUGCAGUCUAACCUGAAGGCUACAGGGAACCAAGCCUAUGUGUGGAUUUAGGGUUAAUUAGAGUAUGUUUGGGUGAGUUCAUAACGGUAAAUAAAUAAAUAAACAAACAUUAUGUUUGUAUAUAUACAAAUAUAUAUUUGUAUAUAAUUGUAAUGAUAUUAAAUAUAAAUAUAAAUAAAUAAAUAAUGUCCAGUCUAAACCUA